GAGAUAUAACAUGAGCUGCAAGAAGUGGGUAUAUCACAGAAGGAUCUCCACGAAAGCAUUCCGUUAAGACAAAAUUACAAGCGCAUCUUGAUACAAAGAAAAGCCAAAACAUGGACUGAAGCGAGGAAGGAACAGCCCAGAAGCGAAUAUGACAGUUGUGGGUUUAAGGUGAAGUCCAGGGACAGGGAGAAAGAAAAGCCUUGCAAAGUAGCUUUGUCCAUAUGUAUAAUAGCUGAAACGCCAAAAAUAAGAGAAGGCUUAUGGCUGAAGUGUUCGAGUUUUGGACAGUUGAAAGUCGAACUUAGCGGCAGCCACAAACUUUGAUAUGUUUAUUUACCAAAGACAAUGUUGAUGUUUUGGUGUAUUUUGUGCCGGUUGUGCGAUAUUGAGGUUAUAAAUUGCAUGUUGGUAAAAUUAUUGUGAAUUCGAUUAGUUUUGCAAACCACUAUGGCUGGAGUCAUUUUUAGACUGCGCACUGCCUUGAAAAGAAUAGAAGAAGUAUUUCUUCAAAUGUUUAUGGGUCAGAACUUCCCCCAUGGUAAUUACGCUCUAGCAUACGCUGGAAAUGUAAUUCCAACGCCGUCAACAAGUGCCUUUUUGUUAGAAAGUAUUGUGGGUGACGGAUUUUUGUGGGCUGUGCCACGAAAUAGGCGCACUAUCGAAAGGAGGCUAAAAAGAAAGUAUGGCAAUCCCGAAUACCAUCUCAAGAUUCUCAAGCCAAAGAAGCAUUUACUAACAUGUAACACAUGUGGCAAUUCUUACGAAGCAAGAAAUCUGUGUCCCCAUUGCUAUGAGAAAGUGAAGCUGGAAACGGAAGCGAUGCAAGAACAAAUUCAAAAAGAACUAGGCUUGAAUCCUGUUGAACAAGAAGUGGUAGUCGUCUAUGAGGGUGAGAAGCAAGAACAGUCGGAUGAAUUUUGGAAGGGGAAGCGAAUAGUAGAGAUGAAAAGGGAACGCCCGUCGUGGUUCAGCAAAAAUCUUCUGCAGCGUUCCACUGAGGAACCGACAUCUGUUCCAGGAGACAUGAAGCCUAAAGAGUUGGCGUGAGCACACUGGCGACUCGUGUAUUGUUCUUAUACCAGAUGGUGACAGUGGAUAUUGUUGCAAACAGCAAUCUAAAUAAGCGUAAGGUAAUGCUUGAGGUUGCUCACAUGGACUGAAUCCCGACUGUUGCCCACAGAGUGUAGAUAGCAUUGGUGUUUGUUGUAUUUUAUGAAGAGCAAUGUUUGUUGUAACUGUCUUCUCACUUGUACCCAAAAUUGUAUCAAUGCUUGAAGUUUGUACUGAAGCAUAGUAAUUGCAUAAUAACUUUGGAUAGCAUAACUUGUAUAGUGAGAAAUAUGAUUUGAUACAGCACUAGCAUAAACAGUGUUCAUAAUAAACAGUGUUUAAAUUUA